UUGGUGACCAAGUUGAGGGUAUAAACAGCUUCUUUACUUGUUUGUGGUGAUAUACCGCUUUUCGUUAACUUUCGACAGAAGCUUCCAUCCAGCAUGCUGUUCCGGAGGCUUGUGAACAUUUGUUACCGUAAAUUGCGAUGUGUGGUGACAGUUGUACUGAUUCUGAUGGUGGCUGCUUGCUACGUCUAUUGGGAUAAUUGGUUGACAUAUUACCGUAUCAGAACGUUUCUUCCUGGUGUCAAAUGGAGCUGGUAUCCUCCUAAUACUGUCACAUCAUCAAAGGUGGAAAAUAUACAUUUGUAUCAUUCCAACGACAUCCACGAGAAGAGAAAACAACAGCUUACGUCGGCGUGCAAAACAGUCAAUGACCCUCUUUCCUACAUGAAAGGCGGCACCGGCUUAAACGUCAAAAGGAACUUCUUACUAGACCAAAACCACCACGUUUUCUUUUGCCGGAUAGAAAAAAUUGGCUCGAAGUUUAUUGUUAAAUUUCUUCAGAAACUUGAAGAGGUCACCAUGCCAGAGACCAUCAAAAAAGAAAAGAGUAUCGCAGUAAAGGAAUUAAUCAAAUCUAAACAACUUUCUUUGAUAUCUGAGUUGCCAAAUAUCAGCUUUACUGACUUGCACCGUGCUAUUAUGAAGUCUUUUAAAUUCUUGUUUGUCAGAGAGCCUUAUGGAAGACUUGUGUCGGGGUACGUGGAUAAAUUCCUCAUGCCAAACUCAUUGUUUUGGACAACGUUAGGCAAGUUAGCGUCUAAAAUACUUCAUAAUACUGAUGUUAAAUGUGGACAUAACCUAUCGUUCCCAGAUUUCAUCAGGUUUGUGGUGCAUACCGAACACACCGGGGAACACACCAAUCGCCAUUUUACAUCUAUGUGUGAACAUUGCCGACCAUGCGAUAUCUCGUACGAUUUAAUUGGUAAAAUGGAAACGUUCAGAGAUGAUUUCUCAGUGUUACUAAACGCUUGGAAUAAGAUAUACAAUACUAACGUUACUUUUGAUGACUUUGAAUCAGAGACAGCUUACGAAAGAGCAAUGUUUUAUUCCAAGCGACUGUUCGGUAUGAAAUCUCGAAUUGAGAAGUGUGUAUCAUUCUAUGAAGGGAUGGAACGGACUUGGAUUGGCCUUCAAACACAGGGAAUUGUUCCAAAGUAUGCCCGAUUCCCGUUUACGGAAUCCGAUGCACCGGGGAUGUCUUUAAAACGUUUCCAGGAGUCAAUAGGCAUAGCCAUUAAAACAGUAACUGACAAAUCAGCAGUGAAAUAUCAGAAAACGGAAGCAGUUAUAGAAGCAUACAGUCUUGUUUCGAUUGACGACCUCAACAAUAUCAGGGAAUUGGUCCGACAAGACUGCCAGCUGUUUGGGUACGAUGAUAGCCCAGGUCAUAUAUUUACCAACAGGACCAAGGGAAGGAAAAACAAUGUUCAAUAUUUCAAAAUGUUCAAAACAUAACUUAUAUAUAAAAUCAAUGCCUAGGAUUUUUGUGUGUCCUACAACGCGAGGCGACAUAUAGGUAUUACUUUGUCGUCAUCAUCGGUUGCGUCGUC